CCUCAGCCUGGACCGGCUUUCUGGGGGCCAUGGAGGCGGAGGACGAGGGUGGCUUCGCUCCCUCGGCCCUGGGGACCCGAGAGCAUUGGGAUGCUGUAUAUGAAAGAGAAUUGCAGGCUUUUCAAGAAUGUGGAGAUUCUGGAGAAAUAUGGUUUGGAGAAGAAAGUAUGACCCUUAUCAGGUGGAUGGAAAAAUGCAAGAUCCCAUUGGAUGCAUCAGUGCUUGACAUUGGAACUGGAAACGGGAUUUUUCUGGUUGAAUUGGCAAAAUUGGGAUACUCUGAUAUUACUGGAAUUGAUUACUCUCCCUUGGCAAUACAGCUUUCUGGAAGAAUAAUAGAAAAGGAAGGUUUAUCUAACAUCAAGUUACAGGUGGAAGACUUUUUGAAUCCUUCCACCAAACUCUCUGGAUUUCAUAUUUGUGUUGACAAAGGAACCUUUGAUGCCAUAAGCCUGAAUCCUGACCAUGCAUCUGAGAAGAGGAAGCAGUAUGUGAAGACACUCUCCAGGGCAUUGCGAGAUAAAGGCUUCUUUCUCAUAACUUCUUGUAACUGGACCAAGGAUGAGCUGCUAAAUGAGUUCAGUGAAGGAUUUGACAUUCUGGAAGAACUGCCAACCCCGACGUUUACCUUUGGAGGGAGAUCUGGGAACAGCGUAACAGCAUUGGUUUUCCAAAAAAAGUGAGGUCUUUCUCUGGACAAAUUCACUUUUCCUUUUGAAAAAGCCCGAGUGUCAGGGUUUAUCCUGACCGAGACAGACACAUGGGCAAAUCAUUCCUGAGAACAUGGCACAAUGGAGGGCUGCACAUACCGAAUACUUACAGUGGGACAGCGAGAAAUCCUGGGUCUGCAAGGGGCUGGUUUUGAGAGACCGACACAGAAUUAUUUUGAAUAUAUUUUGUAUUGGAAAUGUAUUAAUUUUCUUCUUUGAUCAAAACAAAUCUCUGUACUUGCUGAACAGUUUAAAAUGUAAAUCAGCAAAGGGAUUUUAA